AAACAUGACAGCCUAAGAAAAGGAGCGGCCUUUCUUCUCUGGCACAGCCAUCAGAACCAAAACCAACCUGGGUUUUGAUUAUCUUCGUCUUCUAUUUCAUGGAGCUGCUGAAAGUUUGCUCAGAGCUGGUCAAUCCUGAAUCGUGUUGACUCAUCUUUGGGAUAUAUAUCACCGUGUUAGGAUCUUGUUUACUAGUAUUUUGAGUUCAUUCUCAGCUUGUUCUUGGUGGGUUUACUUCAAAUUUUUGUGACACGGUUUAAAGGUGUUAGAUUUGGUUCCUUUUCAACCCUUUUCCUGGGGGUGUCAAUUCCACGCUGAAAAAUUUUGAAAAUUUUAUUGGUGGGUCUCACCGUUUUGCUGGACUGGACAUGGAAUUCAAGUGAAGUUAGAUUUGAGAAAUUGGAUCUAAAUCACUUCGUUUAGCAUCAAAUUGGUGUGCUCGUAGAGUUUUGAAGCUUGGUUUAGUUUGGAUUUUGUGGAUGCUUUUCUGGGUGCAAAUCUAGAGUGCUGAGAAAGUUGAAAUUGGUUUUUGGCUAUAGCUUGGGAAUCAUAUUGAAUUGAACAUGGAAAUGACUUCAGGGGUUGAGAUUGAUGAUGACAGUGACACCACCAACAGAGGUAGCAUGUGGGUUUUGGAUCAGAAGCUUGAUCAGUCCAUGGAUGAGGAAGCUGGAAGACUUAAAAACAUGUACAGAGAGAAGAAAUUCUCUGCGAUAUUGCUUCUUCGGCUUGCAUUCCAGAGUCUUGGGGUGGUUUAUGGUGACUUGGGCACUUCUCCCUUGUAUGUUUUCUACAAUACUUUUCCUCGUGGAAUAAAAGAUCCAGAGGAUGUUGUAGGAGCUCUUUCCUUGAUUAUAUACUCCAUUACACUUGUUCCACUCCUGAAGUAUGUUUUUAUAGUGUGUAAAGCCAAUGAUAAUGGUCAAGAAAAGAAAUGAUGAUAUUUUAGGCAAUCAUAAAAUUCAAAAUAGAAUGCUGGAAAAAUUACUUUCUUGUUUCAUAAAUGUUUGAUCGUAAUGAUGGUAUUAGCAGUUAUGCUGAGCAUGUUCUUGCUUUUCUUUGGAUGCUGAUAAGGCGGCAUUAGAGCCAAACUCAUCCUCUUUAUCACACAGGUGGAACAUUUGCUCUAUAUUCGUUGCUUUGUCGACAUGCAAAAAUAAAAACUAUUCCUAAUCAACACCGGACUGAUGAGGAUCUAACAACUUACAGCCGUUCUACUUUUCAUGAGAAAUCCUUUGCCGCAAAGACCAAGAGAUGGUUGGAGAGACAUGCAUCUAGAAAAAAUGCACUUCUUAUUAUCGUACUUAUUGGCACGUGCAUGAUGAUAGGAGAUGGGAUUCUCACUCCAGCAAUAUCAGUUCUUUCAGCUGCUGGAGGCAUCAAAGUAAACAACCCCCAUAUGAAUAAUGGUAUCACCAUAUGCUGCAGUUGUAACUUUUUCUACAGUGCUAGGCCUCAAUUUUUCAUGAGUUUAUGUUUUAGCUCUUUAAUUGAUACUCCCCACUCAAUUUUACAGGUGUAGUUGUGGUGGUUGCUGUUUUAAUAUUAGUGGGUUUGUUUAGUUUGCAACACUAUGGUACAGAUAAAGUUGGCUGGCUCUUUGCCCCGAUUGUACUCCUUUGGUUUCUCUUAAUUGGAGGCAUCGGCAUAUUCAAUGUUUGGAAAUAUGAUAUACGUGUCUUGAAAGCCUUUUCACCACUAUAUAUAUAUCGCUAUUUGAGUAGGGGAGGGAAAGAUAACUGGACCUCCCUUGGAGGCAUUAUGCUUAGCAUAACAGGGACUGAGGCUCUUUUUGCCGAUCUAGCCCAUUUUCCUGUUUCAGCUAUACAGAUUGCUUUUACUUUGGUGGUAUUUCCUUGUCUUCUUGCAGCAUAUUGUGGACAAGCUGCAUACCUCAUAAAUCACAGGGAUCAUGUGUCUGAUGCAUUUUAUCGUUCUAUUCCGGAAAGCAUAUAUUGGCCAGUUUUUAUUGUUGCAACUGCAGCUGCUACGGUUGCAAGUCAGGCUACAAUAUCUGCAACUUUUUCGAUAAUCAAGCAAGCACUUGCACUUGGUUGUUUUCCUAGAGUGAAGGUUGUACAUACAUCAAAGAAGUUCCUUGGCCAGAUAUAUGUUCCUGAUAUUAAUUGGAUCCUUAUGAUUCUUUGCAUUGCUGUGACUGCUGGAUUCGAGAAUAAAAGACAAAUUGGAAAUGCUUAUGGCACAGCAGUGGUUCUAGUAAUGCUGGUAACCACUUUGCUUAUGGUCCUAAUUAUGAUUUUGGUCUGGCGCUGCCACUGGAUUCUUGUCCUGCUCUUCACUGGUUUGUCCCUGGUGGUAGAGUGUGCCUACCUUUUUGCUGUGCUUUUCAAGGUUAAUCAAGGUGGGUGGGUACCCCUUGUGAUUGCGGGAGCCUUUCUUAUCAUCAUGUACAUUUGGCAUUAUGGUACAGUUAAACGGUAUGAGUUUGAGAUGCAUAGUAAGGUAUCAAUGGCAUGGAUUCUAGGGCUUGGCCCCAGCCUAGGGCUUGUCCGUGUUCCUGGAAUAGGACUGGUGUACACUGAGCUAGCUAGUGGUGUUCCCCACAUCUUUUCCCACUUUAUCACCAAUCUGCCUGCAAUCCAUUCCGUCGUUGUUUUUGUCUGUGUGAAAUAUCUUCCAGUGUACACAGUACCAGAAGAAGAGAGGUUCCUUGUAAAGCGGAUUGGACCCAAGAAUUUCCACAUAUUUCGGUGUGUAGCUAGGUAUGGCUACAAAGACCUCCAUAAGAAAGAUGAUGAUUUUGAGAAAAAGCUCUUUGACAACCUCUUCUUGUUUGUCCGGCUCGAGGCAAUGAUGGAAGGGUGUUCAGAUUCAGAUGAAUAUAGUAUAUAUGGCCAGCAAACCCAGCAGUCCAGAGAGGCUCUACUGGAUAACAAUGGGAACACAACUUACUCCAACAUGGACCUUACCAUUACAUCUGUGGAUUCAAUAGUGCCCGUGAAAUCUCCUAUUCACGUAAAUAAUACCGUCCGAUCAUCUGGUCAGGUGAGCAGCCAGACUGAGUCGGCUGAGCUAGAAUUUUUGAAUAGUUGUAGAGAUGCUGGGGUGGUGCACAUUAUGGGGAAUACAGUAGUGAUGGCAAGGAGGGGUUCAAGGUUCUACAAGAGGAUAGCCAUUGAUUAUGUAUAUGCAUUUCUUAGGAAGAUAUGUAGGGAGAAUAGUGUGAUUUUCAAUGUUCCUCAUGAGAGUCUAUUGAAUGUUGGACAGGUAUUUUUUGUGUAACCUGUUUUUACCCUUCCUAGCAUUACUAAAACUGUCUCCUUUAUCCAUUUUUAUUUUCCCUUUAUUUGUGAAAUAGAAAUUUCUGAGUUCU